CGUUUCUAACGCAGUAUACCUGUGCGACGCGAUAACAACGGAAUUUUUUUCUUGUUUUCUUCAUUUAGUUUAGAUCUAUACAAGCAAAUAUAUUUUUAAGCCGGUUGAAAAUUUUUUUUUGAUAAUUGUAAUUGGCUCAGGAUAAUUAACAGCUUUGUCCAAUGUUUAAUCGCUGGACUUAGCCAAUAACAUCAUGACGUGACUAGUUUAUACCCUAAGUUCGGUUUCAUCUCCGGCUUAUCAACCGAGCACAAACAGUGAUCGCUUUAAGUGAAGCCAUGUCCUUCUCUAAGAACUCCAUUAUCAUUUUAGUUUUUUUUACUAAUUACUUGUUGCUUUCCAUUCAUUGUAAUCGUGAACUAUUUCCAAACGGCGUUCAACUAGGAUACCGAUGGAAAGCCAUUACACAUGUUGGUACUGUGCUCCCUUCAGAACAUAUCACAAAAUACUCGUUUGAUGCUUACUUUGUUGUUCAAAGCAACCAAAACUACACAACCUUUCAGAUAAAAGAGUUCCAAACAACAGAAAAACAACAAUACUUUCCGUGGAUUGCAUGGCCAUUUAGAUGUACAUAUAAAGAUGGAGAAAUACAAAAAAUAGAAACCGAAUACGAUGACGUAUCAGGGUCGUUGAAUAUUAAAAGAGCCUUAGCAGCGUUAUUUCAAUUGAAAUUGGAGUCACUCUCGCAAGCUGCUUUUACAACGCAAGAAACAGGUAUCUUUGGAAAAUGUAGUGCGCAAUACAUUAUCAAUAAAGAUAACAAUAAAACAAAUGUAGAAAAAAUAAUCAAUUUUUCUGCUUGUAACGGCAAACUCGGGCAACAAUGGAGUAACACACCACCAUUUACAUGUCCUUCCAACUAUCAAGAUGGAAGUAUAAGUCACAGUAUCAGACAUUACUCUUUAGAUGACAAAGAUAUUAUAAAUAGGAUCAAUGUAAUUGGUACAAUAGAAUUUCAACCAUUUCAAGCAUUAGCUGAAGCGCAUCGAAUAUUUGUAAACCAGUCAAUUUUUUUAGAAGGGAUCAGUUCAUCAACAGAUAUUACAACUUUAGUGAACAAGUUAGAAGUUACAAUUGAAUACGAUUUCAAUCACUACGAAGAUCCAACUUUAGGCUUUAAACCAUCCAACAAAACUCAGUUAUUAAGUGAAAUACAUGGUGCGCUCGAGCAACUAACUGAGAGUUUAAGUUGGGAGUUGGGAACUUCAGAUUUAGACAACCAAACUUCAUUUAGGGCUUUAGAACUAAUGUGGUGGCUAGAUGUACCAGACUGGAACAUGCUUUACGAUACUAUAAAAAUAGGAACCAGCUAUUCUCAAGAAACAGUACAGCAUAUAUUUUGGGAUCUACUUCCCCAAGUAGGGUCUGCCUCAUCAGUGGAAUUUAUUCGAGAAUUAGUAAAAACACAAAAAGCCACUAGUUUUCUUGCAACUGGGUUGUUAAUGAUGUUUCCUUACAAUGUAAGAUAUCCGAAUGAAAAACUCUUACAAGAAUCAGAAAUGUUACUGAACCUAGACAAAGUAAUUAGAGAUGCCGAAAUUAUGAAAGUGGCAAUUUUAAGUUUCUCGACCUUAAUUCAAAAAACUUGCAGCAAUAAUAUGUGUUCGACUGACAUUCAAAACAAAUAUAUAAAACUUUUUUUGGAUAGGUUUCAUGAAUCAAGUAAUUAUGGUGAUCAAAUGAUGUACAUCGAAGCACUAAAUAACAUGAAGAUAAACAAUAUAUUAGAUUUUUUGACCCCUAUCAUUAACGAUAACAACCGUUCAAGACAUAUUCGUUUAAUAGCUAUUUGGGCGUCAAAGUACACCGUUACCAUACAUCCAGAAAAGGUAGCAGAAGUUUUUUGGCCAAUAUUUACAAACCAUUCUGAACCAUUAGAAAUUCGAGCAUCUUCAUUAGACAUGUUGAUGAUGUCUCAACCUUCUAUUUCACGAUUUUUAACAUUAUUCUGGUUCAUGCAAUCAGAACCUAAUCAAAAUAUGUAUAAUUACUACUACACAACUAUAAAUUCACUGGUUAACUCCAAGUAUCCGUGUUACUCAAAAUAUAGUAAAGCUAUUUCACAAAUAGCAAGAUUUGUCAGACAAAAAUGGCAUAAUUGGGCUACGGGAAAUUACAUAUUGGACUACGAAGAUCUCGUUAGAGGUUAUGGUGGAAUUGUUCAGACAAUUUUAAUAGCCAACAAGCACACGGGUUUCCCCUCAGUUUUACGAAUAACAGCUGAACAGCAUUCUUUCGGUACAUCUUCAGAAUUCGAAAUUCAUAUCAAGGCUGAAGGAUUUACAACUAAUAUCAAAAAAGAAAUAUUUAAUUCAUUUGUAAACCCAUCAUUUGAAGUUGUUAACGUUUCUAAAAUAUUAGAAGUAUUAGAGAAUGCAAAACUCAAGAUUCGUAAUGAUGAAGAACUUCAUUUUGAAGCAAUUAUCAAAUUUAACCAACAAACAAUAUUUUGCCAUUACAUGAAUAGAACUUCAUUUAAUAGUUUUUUUAAUACAAUGAAAAGGAUAAGUUCACUUUACUUUCAAUUCAGUUUCAACUAUCAACGACUUUCAUUUCCACUUCGAUUCCAAAGAACUAUGUUUACUGAUUAUGGAACUCCAGUUUUGCUUCAGUUUCGUACAGCAUCACUUUUAUCAUUACGAGGAAGUAUUAAACAGGCAGAAAGUGGAAAAUCCAGAGAUGCAGAACUAGACUUCAGAUAUUCCAUGGACACGGUAACAAGCCUCAAAACUUUCAACCCUUUAAGCAAUAUUUGGCAUGGCGCUGAUCGUUUCCGCUGUAUUCACGCAAGAAUACCAUUUUCUACAGAAAUCGUCACACAAUUCUUCAGAUCAUACGUGAAAGCAUCUGCUCACAGGUACAAAAAUUUCGUAGACGGUUCGAAACUUGGUGUUGUAUGGCAUUCGGCUACUAAAUUAUUCCCUAUGAAAGAGUCCUUAACCCAAAAUUCUAAAAACGAAUUGUUGUCUGAUGAUUGGGCUUUCGAAUCAAGAGAUCUUGGAGCUAAAAUAGCUACGGCCGUUUUUGAUUGUCAAGACAAUGGUACAUUUUCAAAUUCAUUAAUGAUAAUCAAAGAAGCAUUCCAAAUCAGCAACAAAAACUACAGAUCGAUUCCGGGUGGAGCAGCAUUUUUAAGUAUUUAUUCGCUAUCGAAUUAUUUUACAUUUAUACCACCAGAAGACAGCUGUGGUCUAAUACUAUCUAUAUCACCUUUGCAAGUAGUUCCUGUUUAUGUGCAAGAAGGAAACACGGUGCAUAUAACUAUGAAUCAUUACGAGCAAGUACUUUGGGAUUUGAGUAUUCACUAUACUCGUUUGGCCGAUGGAAAUCAAGAACUAUCUUUUAAACUAAGCCAUUCAAACCGGGAACGGGAUAUAACUAUCACUAAUGGUUAUUGGAGGUUAUUACAAUUUGAAGGUUCAUUUGUUUUACCUUCUCGUAAAUCUGGUGCUCUUCAUCCACCACCUCCAAUGCACGGCCAAGCCACAGUUUCUUGGGGUUAUCAUUCUUCAGCUACCACAAUGACACUAGCUAUAAAACCAGAACAUGCUCACGAAAAAUGGCCUGAACAGUGUAUAGCCGAUUCUCCAACAUGCUUACAAAUAGCAAGUGAUAUAUCCACCAGUCAAAUCAUAUCUUUAAAAUUCCUCAAUUUACCAAAUUGGAUGAUCAUUACAAUGCACUCACUGUUUCCAGAUUUUGUUCACGAUGAAGGAAACUUAACUACAGCAAAAUUUACAUUCCCGACUAAACUUCCCUGGACGACAAGGGGUAUAUGUGCUGUAAAUACUAAAACAGUGUUGACCCUGGACAACUCAACAACACACAAUUUUGACUUGAAUCAAGAUUGCUAUACUAUUGCACUAGGUGACUGUUCUAAUGCUACACGAUUUGUCAUAGGCAUAAAAAUAAACCCUAUAACUUCAUUAUUGGAUAUUCAUUUGAUUUCUCAAAAUACUAUAAUCAGCAUGAUACAUGAUGGUUCAAAAGUCAGAGUACACGUGAAUGAGAUAGAAAUAGAAGUCACGGAAACAACAAUACAAUUUCCACCAAAAUCAAAAAAUGAUUCAUUCAUUUAUAGAGUUAAAAGAUGGGAUAAGGAAAUGACGGAUCUCGAAAUUCACCCAGGUGUAACAAUUCAACACUAUGGUCAAACAGUACUUAUGUUAGUUGAAAGUAAACUACGAGGACACACAUGUGGUUUAUGUGGAAAUUUCAAUGGUGAAAGCAGUGAUGAAAUUUAUAAUUUGACAACAAAUUGUGUACGGUUUUAAAAAUCAAAAUAAUUGGACAAAAAAAAACAAAAAUAAUAAAAAUAAUUUCACAUAACGUUUUUUAUAAUAUAUUAAUAUAUAUGUACUAAAUUCUACAUAUGCAUAAUGUAUAUAUAAUUGUAAUGUAAAUACAUUAACUAAUAUUAAAAUUUAAUAAAAAUAAAAACUCAAUUAUCAAA